CUGGAGUUCCAGGAUCCACCUUCCGGAUUCUGAGCCUAAUGAUUUGGAAGCAGGCGAGACAUAAGAGGAAGAAGCCCGUCUGCAGCGCUUCAAAUUGCGGGCAAAUGCAGGGAGGCUGGAGCGUUGAUCGCCGCUAAUCUGAUCAGGUGUCCAAGUGCUUUCAAUUGCAAUCCCGAAACGAAAGCUUGGGGCAGGGUCGCUGAAGAUCCUUUCAGAAUCUAACGUGCGCGCACUGAUCGAGCUGCCCCUGCGAUCCGGAACAAUGUCACUGCUGAGGCUGACCUCCAAGGUCGGGCGGCAGGUUCUCAAUGCAUUCGAGCAUUCGCAGAGCAGGAGUGUGACGUACAUGCCAAGACCUGGGGAAGGGGCAACCAAAACUGUGACUCUCAUCCCCGGAGAUGGAGUGGGGCCCCUUGUGACUGGGGCCGUUGAGCAGGUCUUUGAUGCAAUGCACGCGCCUGUGGAAUUCGAGAGGGUCGAGGCCUCUGGAUCUAUGAAAACGCUUCCGAAGGAGGUCCUUGAUUCGAUCAAGAAGAACAAGGUUGCUCUGAAGGGAGGACUGAAGACGUCAACGGGGGGAGGUACCAGCUCGCUCAAUGUGCAGCUGCGAAAGGAGCUAGACCUCUAUGCGAAUCUUGUGAAUUGCUUCAACAUUCCGGGGAUCCACACUCGCCACGACAACGUAAAUAUUGCCAUCAUUCGGGAAAACACAGAGGGGGAGUACAGCGGGUUGGAGCAUGAAGUGAUCCCAGGUGUUGUUGAAAGUUUGAAGGUUAUCACGAAGGUCAACUCCACGCGCAUCGCUGAGUAUGCUUUCGAGUAUGCCUUCCUCAACAAUCGGAAAACUGUGACAGCAGUCCACAAGGCCAACAUCAUGAAGCUCGCUGAUGGCCUAUUUCUCGACUCCUGCCGAGCGGUCGCUAAGCAGUACCCGGGUAUCAAGUACAAUGAGAUCAUUGUGGACAACUGCUGCAUGCAGCUGGUCAGCAGGCCGGAGCAGUUUGACGUCAUGGUCACGCCCAAUCUAUACGGGACCCUGGUCGCAAACACGGCGGCUGGUAUCGCAGGCGGCACAGGGGUGAUGCCAGGAGGAAAUGUGGGCAGGGACUACGCCAUCUUCGAGCAAGGCGCGUCAGCUGGAAACGUCGGCAACGAGAAGAUCCUGGCCCAGAAGAGUGCCAACCCCGUUGCGCUCCUGCUCUCUUCGGCCAUGAUGCUUCGCCAUUUGCAAUUCCCUUCCUUUGCCGAUAACUUGGAACAGGCGGUCUUUGGGGUUCUUCAGGAAGAGAAGAUUCUGACGAAGGACUUGGGCGGAAGCUCAACAACGCAAGAGUUCGUUGACGGGGUCAUUGCAAGGUUGGAGUGAUCAGACGGAUCUGUGGGUCCUUACCUGAUACCGAAAAGGCUGCGUAUGACUCUUCCUGCAAACCGAGCGGGCAGCAGUGAUUACCUCUGGAAGGUACUGCUGGACGAUCGUAUACUUGACGCUGUAUAAAGCACCUGCUAGAGAAGUGGAGGGAUGGAGCUUUCAACAUUGUACAGAUUACAGGUCCAACUUCAUGAUUGUAGCUUUCAGGGAGCCUUACUAUUAAUAGCCUAUUCUUAUUGUCUAUGGUGAUCCAUCAUUGCGUUGGAUGUGUAUCGUAAUUUGGACACUGCAAGUGUGUACGUUGCGAACGAGUUCACCCC